AAAUGAAACGUCACAUACUUGUUGUUUACAAUAUUAUAAACCACGCACACGGUGGUCGAUUUCAAUAAUUUCCCAAUUUUGUUAAAAACCGAUGAUAAAUCGUACGAAAGGUUGAUGACCGUUACCAUUUGCUCAACAUUUAUCAUUGCACAGUCCGAUGAUGAUGUAUGGUUCUGUUGAAAGAGACAAUUUACCGGCAACCGAAAAACCGAAAGUUUCUGAUGAUUCAAUUGAGAUUGUGGACGUGGGGGCAGAAAAGCCCGAAAUUACUGCUGAUCCCAUUGAGAAUGCAGUCAGUGAGGCUGCACCGGCUAACGGUCUAUCGAAACGACAACGAAAAAAGCUUUUAAAACUGGCCGAUUGGGAGGAGAAAAAGAAAGUGAAACGAUUGAAGGAGCGCGAAAAGUACAAACAAAAACGUUUAGAUGCGAUAGCUAAUGGUCUGCCGACACGCAUUGGACCUAGUCGAAAGGCAUUGAAAAAGAAUCGAAUGGACGACAGCAAAAAUCCCUUUACGGUGGCAGUGGACUUGGAUUUUGAUGAUCUAAUGAUUGACAAAGACAUUUGUAAGUGUGCCAAACAGUUACUUUGGGUGUACACGAUCAAUCGAAAGUCUGCGAUGCCACUCCAUUUGCAUUACACGGGCCUAAAAACUGGGGGCCGUAUAUUCAAUGCUCUGCAACGCAACGAUGGAUACACGAAUUGGGAUAUUAAGAUCACCGAGGAUUCGUAUCUAAAUGUAUUCAAAACGGAGCAAAUUGUUUACCUGACCAGCGAUUCCGAUAAUGUCCUCACCGAAUUAGAUAGCAACGCCGUGUAUAUUAUUGGUGGACUAGUCGAUCACAAUCACCAUAAGGGUAUAUCGUUGAGACGGGCAGAAGAGCGAGGCCUUCGCACAGCUCGAUUGCCGUUAAGCGAACACAUUUCCAUUAAGACUAGAACCGUGCUGACGAUCGUUCAUGUGUUCGACAUUCUUCUCAAAGUUUCACAAGGCCAAUCGUGGCAGGAUGCGCUGAUUGAGGUUUUGCCAUCUAGAAAGGGAGCUAAGCCAUUAGAUCGAAGUGAUGAAAGUGUGGAAGAGAGAUGACGUCCUCGAAUUGGACGUUCCUAUUAUUUUGUUCAUUGCAAAGUUUAUAGCUUGAUCGGAAGCUAAGUUAUUGUCGACGAUAAUAGAGCGAAUUUAUCAGAACUGUU